GAAAAACAAACCCAUCAUCACCUUUCUAGAUCAUGGCGAAGGACACCAUAGUUCUAUACCCUACAUUGGGUAGGGGACACCUAAUUUCCAUGGUAGAACUAGGCAAGCUCAUUCUAACCCACCACCCUUCCCUUUCCAUCACAAUCCUCAUCCUCACUCCACCGCCAACCAUCGCCCCAACCUUUGCCUAUGACUCCAUCACCCAAUACAUCAGCACCAUCUCCACCACCACACCCUCCAUCACCUUCCACCACAUCUCCUCCACACCAUUGCCCACCUCCACCCUCUCUAUCCCCUCUCACCUUCUCCCCCUCCAACUCUCCCUCGACAACACCCAAAACGUUUCCCAAACCCUCCAUUCCCUCUCCAAAACCACCAACAUCAAAGCCAUUGUCAUGGAUUUCAUGAACUUCAACUCCCCACAAACACUUACCCAAAACCUCAACAUACCAACUUAUUUCUACUACACUUCUGGAGCCUCCACUCUCGCCAUCUUGCUUCAUUUCCCAACCAUUCACCAAAACGCCACAAAACCCUUGAAAGACCUUCCCAUGCAACUUCAAAUCCCUGGCUUGCCCACACUUUCCACCAAUGAUCUUCCAAAAGAAGCCAAAGAUCCUUCGGAUCAUAGUUACCAGGUUUUCCUUGAAAUAUCAAAAACCAUGAGGGGUAGUGUUGGGAUUAUCGUGAACACCUUCGAAGCCAUUGAAGAAGGACCUGUAAGAGCCUCAAGUGAAGAUGGAACCACCCCACCUUUGUUUUGUAUAGGACCCGUGAUUUCUUCUCCUUAUGGAGAGGAAGACAAAGGGUGUUUGAGUUGGCUUGACUCGCAACCGAGUCAAAGCGUUGUGUUGUUGAGUUUUGGAAGCAUGCGAGGGUUUUCGAAGACCCAGUUGAGGGAAAUAGCUAUUGGGUUGGAGAUGAGCGAGCAAAGAUUCCUGUGGGUUGUAAGGAGCGAGUUAGAUGGGGUUGACUCGGUUGAACCGAGUUUAGACGAGUUGUUGCCGAAAGGGUUUUUGGAGAGGACAAAGGAGAAGGGAAUGGUGGUGAGGAACUGGGCCCCACAAGCUGAGAUUCUGAGUCAUGACUCGGUGGGUGGGUUCGUGACUCACUGUGGGUGGAACUCGGUGUUGGAAGCGGUUUGUGAAGGAGUGCCAAUGGUGGCGUGGCCCCUCUACGCUGAGCAAAACAUGAAUAGGGUGAUUUUGGUGCAAGAAAUGAAAGUGGCUUUGGCGGUGAACGAGUCAAAGAAUGGGUUAGUGAGUGCGACUGAGUUGGGGGACCGAGUCAAGGAACUCAUGGAAUCGGACACGGGGAAAGAAAUUAGACACAGGAUUUUCAAAAUGAAAAUAAGUGCUGUUGAAGCAAGAUCUGAAGGUGGAUCUUCACGUGUUGCUUUGGAUACGUUGGUUCAGCUGUGGAAACAGAAUUAAGCCAAUUACUAUUUUUUCUUUCUGUCGUAAAUGUAAAUUAAAUUAUACUAAUGAAUAAAUUAC